AGUCUGGAGGUGAUUGCGCAGCAGCUGAGUUAUAGCUCAUGUGACUAUUUUGAUUUAUCUUAACUUGCUCCUUCCCUGCAUGGCUUUCUUACUGUGCCUUUAAGUGGAGUGGUUUUGCUGUGUGAGUGUGUGUGUGGCCAGAAACACCAGCGGCAGUGCUGUCUGUGAGAGGGUGCAGUUUGUAAGAGGCUUUUUUUGUUCCUCCGCCAUGGCCGGGUGCUGCAGCUUGAAGAAUGUUUGUGAAUAUGAAACUAACAAGGUUGUACGCAUUCAGAGUGUCUACUACGGGAGCCUCAAGUGGGCCAUCCAUUCUGUCGUCUUCAUGUAUGUCUGGUAAGUGGAACAGGAAAAGUUCAGAUUCGGCAGCAGGGAAAACAAACAGGGAAAGUUGGAAGCCUUGGAAAGAGCUCUCCAGCGAAAUCCUUGGGGUUUACAUCUCUAGCUGUUGAUAAGAAAGGCUGGGGUUGAACUGUGCAAAUUGCUCUGUCUACUUGGAUCAGUUAAACUAUAUCCAAGAGUUGUUUAAGUAGUUUCAUCUAUUGUCUGAAAGUUAGUAAAGCUGGUAAAAAUGUUAGCGACGGUUCAUAAGAUACUGCUUUAACAAAAGCAUGUUAAAUGUAUAAAUUUAAUCAAUAUUAAUUGUCAGUGAUACCACAUUCCCCACCUUGCACUCACAACUCACCUGUGACUCCUUGUAGCUGUCAGCAGGCAAGAGCGGUCACUAUUCGUUUUAGAUACAGAUGCCGGUGCUUAUGGCAUGAGGGCUGAACUGUCACAGGAAUGUGCAGGACAAGACAAGCCUGUUGCUUAUUUCAGUAAGAGCCUGGGAGAAACUUCUGCACUACUAGGAGAGAACUCCUGGCAGUUGUGAAGUUCAUAGGACGUUUUCAUUAUUAUCUGUAUGGUAGGAAAUUUGUGGUGAGGACUGACCAUUCUUCCUUACAAUGGCUAUUUUGGUUCAAAAACCCGGGGCCUCGUACAGGGAACAGCUUUGACUGGCUGGCUAAACCAGGUGAGGGUAGCCAAUGGGUCUCAAACCCUUGGUGAAUGAGGGACUUCGCCUGCAUGCAAAGACAGGCUCUGGCGGAUGGAGCAGUUGCACGUGCCAUUUCUGCACAUGCUGUAGAGGGAAGUGAGGGGCAGAUGGGGCUCGUCCACCUGGGAAGGGAGCCCAUCUAGGAGAAGGAAACUCCUGAGCCUCUGCUGCCUUGUGGGACAUCUUCAGGAGAUGAAAAGGCUAAGGAGUAAAUGCUACACAAAUCCAGAGUGUCAAGCUUUAUUUUUUCCUUAACUGAGCCUUGUACACCUCCUUCCAGCAAGUCCUGCAUCCAAGCUGGUGUCAAAUGUAUUGCUCUGCUUUCCUUUGGACCACAUGAACCAGGCUAAGAGGUGGAUCUUGUCAUCUGGUCAGCCCAGGACCUCUAUACACAUUGCGCAGGCUUGCACCCCGGGAAGGUCACUUUGGUGCUGUUAACACAGUGGUUUAACUCUUCCCCCUGGAGGCGCACUCCAUUGUCUCUCCUCCAUUGUCUCUUGAGACAGAUGGAUGUCAACAAGAUACCACAUUAUUUAUACAGGGCUUUAAAGUGUUCAAAGCAGCUCACAUGUAAUAAUGUAAUCUUUAGAACAACAACCUUAUAAGAUAGGCUGCUAAUGCAAUCUUAGGCUAUGUUAACAGAUGUUUGAUGUCUGGAUCAUGGGAAGUAAUGGCUCUGCUCUAUUCUGCACUGAUCAAGCUCCAGUCCUGGGUGCCACAUUUUAGGAAGGACAAUUGGAGCAUACAAAUUGGAGCAUGCCCAAAGGAGGUUUGGGGGUUCUGGAAAUCCCCAUAGUACAAUGAGCAGUUGAAAGACCUAAGUAUGUUUAGCUUAAAGAGGAGGAGAUGAAGGAGAGACAUGAUAGCAAUAUUCAGAGGUCUAAAGGACUGUCAUGUGGAACAUGGAGCAGGUUUGCUCUCUGUUGCUCCCAAAGGAAAUGGUUAGGGAAUAAAAUUUUCACCCUUCACUUGAUGGCAAAGGACAGGAGAAGGGUGAAUGGACAUUUGUCAGAGAUGCUUUUGUUGCACCCUGCAUAGCAGAACCUGCACUAAGCAGGGUGUUGGUCUAGUUGAAACUGUUAGGAUAUUUCCGUUCCACCUUAAAAGGGAGCAGGCUGUGAGUCACAGAGUCUGCUUAUUUCCUGUUCACAGGAUGUUUAUGUUUUCUGUUGCUUUCAUUUUCUCUCUCUGUGUUGUAGACACUAAAGCAGGCAGUCAUGUUUUUCUGUGUUCUUAUCAACGCUGAAUAAACUUGUAAAUAAUGCUCUCCUGAGUGCAACUUUUGGCUGUGCAUUAUCUGCUGAUAGAGUGUGCAUGAGCUCUGGAAUGUGGCAAGAUAUUUUCUAGAAACUCAUGUCGCUAACUGUUGAUACUGCGUGACUACGGGAGAUCAAUGGAUCGUCCGGCAGCCGGCUUGGGGGCCAUGAUGGACUUUGUUUCCCUGGCAGUAUCCCAACAGAAACUGUACUGUCCCUACUCAUUGAUAUUACUGCCGUACUUUCCUCUUAUUGCAAACACGGGAUGAAUGGACUAAACUGGACACUGAGAGAACAAUCUGCCAAAUAUUGAGGCCCCACCUGGCACUAUCAUAUGACUUUAAGCAGGCAUGGUCCCCCCUCCCCCAAAUCAUGGGAACUGUAGUUUAUCAAGGGUGCUAAGAGUUCCCCUUACAGGGCUACAGUUCCCAGAGUAGUUUACUCUUCCCUGGGUACUCAGGGAAUUGUAGGUCUGUGAGGUGGUCAGUGCCCUUGACAAACUACACUUCCCAGUGUUCUUUGGGUGAGGGGAGGUAUGACUGCUGAUAUUAAUAUGACACUGCUUUUUAAUGUACAGUAUAGUGCAGAUGGGGCCAGAGAUUCAGGCAGGGACUGUCUGAUCUUAUAGCUCCAUCUCGGACUUUAGGUCAUAUCCACACCAUAUAUUCAAAGCACAUGGCCUUCCCCCAAUGAAUCCUGGGGACUGCAGUUUGUUAAGGGAGCUGGAAAUUGCUGGGGGAAGUCAUGACAGUUAAAGCAGCAUAAAUGUGCUUUAAAUGUACAAGUAAACACAUCGGAUUUAACUUUGCCAGCUUGCUGAUCUCUGCACAGCCUGAUCCAAUGCAUGCUUAUGUAGAAGUAAAGUUCCACUGAGUUCACUGGGAUUUACUCCCUAUUAAGUGUGCAUAGGAUUGCAGUUGAGAGUGCACAACUGCUGCAAGAGUAAGUCACACUGAAAUCAGGGGAACUCAUAAGUAACGUGUAGGACAACAGAAAAAACCUACUGAACUGGUCUUCUAAACCUGUGCUAUUAGGAUUUUAUUUUUACAACAAGAGAACUUAAGGGGAAGGACUUUAUUGUUUAUUUUUCACCGAAGUAGAAAGCUUUGCAUUUGCAACAACAGCUGGUGUAUAGUCUUACAUAGUAACCCCUAAAACAUUUUAAUCAGUGAAACAGAACUGUAGUAACUGAGGUUAGGAUCACACAGCCUUGGAAAUAAAGACCCCAGAGCUGGGAAUUUUUUGAAAAGUACUGCAUUAAACUGAUCUGGACAUAUUAAUGUAGAUUUGUUUCUGAGUGUAUAACUUUUGGCAUUCUGAGACCUAAGAGAAGAGCCUCCUUCCAGACAAGCACAGCUUUGUAAGUCUGGUGUGUGACCUUCUUUCCCACCCACGCAUCUGAUGAAUGCCAUGAUGUACAACCAGCUACUCUUAAAGGGACACUCUCAAUGUAGUAAAUAGAGUGGUGAGUCUGUGUUGCUUUAUGGCAAGAAUAACAAAUGGUGAAGCUGUGGCCCUCCAGAUGUUGAUGGACUGCAAAUCCCAUCAGUCCCAGACAGGGUGGCCAAUAGCCCGAGGUGAUGAGAGUUGGAGUCCAACAUCUGGAGGCCCACAGAUCUGCCAUGCCUGCUGUGUGUGUGUGUCGCAGGUAAGGGUUUUUUAAAAGACACAUCACGCACACACAAAACGUACAUUAUGUUAUAAAACUACCAUUAAAAAAAAGAUGGAUAGAACGCCUGUAACUUUGAAGCAUUCAUUGGCAGGUGAAUUUUCAUAGUGGUACAGGAACUGAGAAAUUGACUCGUCCUUCCACUCGACCAUCUCUUUAGCAGACCUGGUCAUCAAAAUGGCACAAUUUAUUUCUAACCCUCUGUGGGCAGUAUCUUUGCUCUGGGUUUGCAUAAUACAGGGCAGUGCUGUAGCAUGGGGGGGGGGGCGCAGGGACACCACCUCAAACCCUUUCCAUUGUGUCUCUCCAGUGUUGCCCUUAUUGCUGACAGACGCUAUCAGAAGAAGGACUCCGUCAUCAGCUCAGUGCACACAAAAGUGAAAGGGAUUUCUCAGACUGAAGCAAGGAUCUGGGACACAGUGGAGUACACUCUCCCUAUCCAGGUAUGUCUCAACUCCUUGACCAGGGAGCAACCUGCUUUCAGUGACCUGAGUGACUGCUUUUCGGCUUUGGAAUAUAAAGCAGAGGUUGGGCACACCUUGAGUGUGCAUUACGAACCCUACCUGGAGAUGCUGGGAACUGAACCUGGAACCUUUCUGAACGCAAAACAGGAGCUCUGUCACUAAGCUACAGCCGUUCUCCAAAGGAUCACUGGGCUAUGGCCCUUCAGCAACAUGGGGUUGUAAAGGUUCACCACACCUGGUAUAGGGGAAAGACUGUAGGUCAGUCUCCCACAUCUUCAUGUAGGGCAUAGAGUGAUGCCCAUUUGAAACCUUGGAGAGCCGCUGCCAUUCAGCAUAAGGCAGCAGUCUAUGUUUCCUUAGACAGAUGUGCUUGAAUACCUUCAGUGAAAAAACCCCUUCCAUGUUCUGAGGCAGACAUCUUCCACUGUCAGACAGUCUUCUCCCAUCCCCAGUUUUGUUUUACUUAGUUGAACGUUCAUCUAGAAAAAGAGGAUAACUCCAUAGCUCUUGAUCCUGAUGGUUUAUGAUAUUUUGCUUGGUCCCUAAUAAAUGUAUUGCCUUCUUUAAAACUGUGUGGCUUGGGGGCUUGUGGCUUUUGUUUCCCCCCCCCCCCCCCGCCCCAUGGAACAAUCUUUUGAAGAGAUCCGCUUUUAACCCCCUUUGAUCAGUUCUUUCUCUUUACCUCCUUUUUUGUGUAUGCAGGGAAUAAAUUCAUUCUUUGUGCUAACCAAUAUCAUCAAGACAGAGAACCAAGUCCAGGGACUUUGCCCUGAGGUAACUCAAUUUUGUGAGUGAUGUUAUUAUCUGUGUGGAGAGGGAAAUAAGCCGUAUUCUGUAACGGAAGGCUUUUUAAUUAGUGUCUCAUUGCUAUGGUGAUCCUACAUCAUCAGGUGCUGAUUCAUCUUUCCCAUCACAACCUUGUUAGAUUUCAGAGAAACAAAAAACCUGCAACAACUAGUCCAGAAUAUGUUCUUUGCAUUCUCUGUUUAAGCUUGAAUCUUUUUGGCAACUGGCAAGAUACAUUCAGGGCUGCAUUUUGUUCUGCACAUUUCGUAAGUUUUCUGUUCAGGCAUGAAAUCUGUUAACUGGUGUAGCAGGUUUCAGCAGACCAAGGAUCUCAGAUUUCAUUUUAGGAAAAUGAAAUGACAUUCCUAGUCCUUAUGACCAGGAAGAUAGAAAUAUGCAGUUUCAAGUGAUGUUGAGCAGGGCUUAAUGGAACCUAGUGCUUUGGUAUAGCUCUUUACCCCACAGCUAUUGGUCCCCAAUCCUUAAGUCCUGCUCUUCUUUAAUGAUGGCAUUAUUUCUGUUGUUGUUGUUGUUAUUAUUAUUAUUUUCAUCCUUCACCCUAAGGUCCCAUGGUACGUUACAAAAAACAAUAUAGAAAACAGUUUAAAACAACCUACUAUCAGGAAAAUAAGGUGUAUUGUAAAAAUAUACACCUCAAGUGGUAGACAAAGGAAAUAAAUGCUUUCUCCAGGGAGGCUGGCCUGGUGUCUUUAUUACAUAUCUUGAGGCACCAGGCAAAAACAUUCCUCUUAUCCCAGGCCUUUGGCUAAUUAAACUAUCUAGGGCCUUUUAAACUGGGGGGUAUUGUUUUUGUUUGUUACUGUGUUGUGUAUUUUUGUGUUUUUAUAUUGUAAACUGCCCUGUGAUCCUCAGUUGAAGGGCGGUAUAGAAAUUUAAUAAAUACCAAAAAAGAGAAAAAUGGCCUUGCUGAGAGUGAGACAGACCAAAGUAGGACAGCAUACAACCAAGCCUGGGAACUGUAGUUUGUCAAGGGUGCUUGGAAUUGUAGCCUUGUGAGGGGUAAACUAAAGUUUCCAUGAUUCUUUGGAGGAAGCGAUGUGUUUUAAACAUACAGUGUGUCCACAGCCAGGGCUCUAGCUCCUGUUAGUGUGGUCUGAAAUGAAUAUGCAACACUAGAAAUUAAAACGCAUAUUGUAUGUUUACUUUCCCCCCUUUCCUUUUGCUCAGUUUCCCCUUGCCAAAGCUGUUUGCUCUACCGACAAGAGCUGUAUGAAAGGUCGUAUGGACCCUCAGAUUAAUGGUACGUGGGUUUAAUGUUUGUAAUAUGCUGCAGAAAAAAGUAAAAGAAAAGCUGGUUGCUUUUUAAAUUUUCAUUUUAGUUCAACAAAUUUUAUAGCCAACAAUAAUGAAACUUUACUGCAACAGCAACUUAAACUUGAGGUGACUAUGACUCCAUACCUUAUGAUAAAAUGUUCAGUUUACUUGUCACUUGAUUAAGAAAGGCUAAUUGGUUAAGUAUACGGGGCUACCACAUUUAAUCGGUAUAGCCAUGCUGUGUGAUGCGCCAAAAAGCAGAUUAAAGGCACAUAAAUGAUUUGUUCAAGACAGGGCAUAGGAUUAAGUGUGAGGUUGUGCAGGUUCUUUGCCAUACAUUUAGUGUGUAAAUCACAUUCAAAGGAGCUGCCACAAAGAUUCCUUUAGGGCAGGGAUUUUAAACUGGGGUACCUCACUGUUCCUGACAAUGAGGUAAGACUGCCAUUUCUUUACUGUGGUUAACAAACCUCACAGAUUUAUAGUCAAAAGAUCUGGAAACACUGGGAGUUAUGUAACUUCACAUGCAUUUUUAAAAAGAAUUUAAAAAGAAUUCAUUAGACAACUUGCCUUUAACAGAUACUUUAUAUCAGCCUUCCAUAUCAGCCCCUAUGGAAAUGGGAGAUUUGUGAAAGCUACUUUACUGACAAAAGGGACGCAGGUGGCGCUGUGGAUUAAACCACAGAGCCUAGGACUUGCCGAUCAGAAGGUCAGCGGUUUGAAUCCCCACGACGGGGUGAGCUCCCGUUGCUCGGUCCCUGCUCCUGCCAACCUAGCAGUUCGAAAGCUCGUCAAAGUGCAAGUAGAUAAAUAGGUACCACUCCGGCGGGAAGAUAAACGGCGUUUCCGUGCACUGCUCUGGUUUGCCAGAAAGCGGCUUAGUCAUGUUUGCCACAUGACCUAGAAGCUGCACGCUGACUCUCUCGGCCAAUAAAGCAAGAUGAGCACCGCAAACCCAGAGUCGUCUGCGACUGGACCUAACGGUCGGGGUCCUUUUACCUUUACCUUUACUUUACUGACAAUAUCUGAUGACCACCUGCCUGUCAAUUAUAACCCACUUUGGAUCCAGUUUUGCCUACAACAGGAUUGUAAACACACACACACACACACACACACAGAUGACAGACAGACAGAUUUCUUACAAACCACAUACCGUAAGCUUCAAAUCCUGGCGUUUCAUGGGCAGUGUCAAAGUUCCUGUGGGUGGCGAAGAAGGCCAGAAAACAGCUUGUGACAUGUCCCAGAGAUUGCCCUUGGUGUGGAGUUUGUGUGAGUAGUGGCUGCUUGCUAUGACAGCUGGAUUUGUAUUGUGCUUUUCUGUGCCACAAUAAUUUCCUUACCUGUAAUGUUCCUAAUCUGUGUCUGUGAAAACAAAUCAGUUUAAAAGCUCUGGUAUUUUUAGCGAAAACAAAAACCUCAACUAGCAGCAAGGUUAUAUUCCAUAAAUGAAAGCUGAUUUCUGCUCUCUACAGGAAUUCAGACCGGCAAAUGUGUGAACUACAACACAACCAUCAAAACAUGUGAGGUCGCGGCUUGGUGCCCCGUGGAGUCAAUUAAAAAGGCUCCGGAGUAAGACAGGUUUUUUCAUAGCAGUCUGUGCACCCUUUUAUUGCGAGGAGGAGGGACCUCAGGCUGGGGCUGCGUGGCCCUUGGUCCUCUCCCCAGGCCUCACGGGCUCUGGGUCACCCCCUGGUUGACCUUGGUUCAAAUGUGCUGGUUUCCCACCUGCAACAGGUGUGCCACCGUGAGAACAGGAUGCUGGAGCAGGUGAGCCGUUGGCCUGAUCCAGCAGCCUCUUAUCUCUGAUCAUUCCUCUUGCUCGCUUAGGUGAGAGAGAUGUGUGAAUAUGUGUAGAAACUCUCCUACCACAUAAGGGUUAAAUUUACAUCCAUUGCUUCACCUGCUUUUGCUUCUUGCUCUGCUCACCACUGGCAUACGGCCCCUGGAAUAUUGCUCAGUAGGGAAUGUGGCCCUCAGGUUAAAGCUCCUCCCCUUUACUGUAUUCAGCAUGUGCGCCCCUGACACUGUCUCAUUCCUGCUGAUACUGAUAAAAGCCACUCAAAUAUAUUUACAACUCUAGAAACAGCGAGGAAUCCCAUUCACAGAUCCUGGGGCUCCCCCCCCCCCAUUCAGCUUCAAAUGCAUCACAGCUUUCCAGCUAAUACUGUUAUUAAACUAUAUGCUAUUUAAUAAAUGGGACUUUAUUUUUUGAGAUCUUUAUCCUUGUCUGGGGUCUCAUUUUAGGCCUGCCAUUCUGAGAAGUGCUGAAAACUUCACUGUGCUGAUAAAAAACAACAUUCACUUCCCGAAAUUUAAUUAUACGAAGUAAGUGCAGACAUGUGUUUCAACUGCCCUCAUUUCCGGUAAAUUGUUUUUACUGUUACUGCCUCUGGAGCAAUGUUGGGGUGCCUGUUUAAAAUUGUGCUUGUGUGACUUGCUGGAGCCAUCUCUAGGGCCCACCUGCCCACCAUCUUGUUUGCCUGGUUUACGUGAUGGAGCCGUGGGCUCAUUCACACUGCUCCAGUUCUCCUGCUGAGCUCCUUCCCUAACCCAAGUAGAAUCAGCAAACCACUAGCCUGCCCCAGCUGACUGUUGCUGCCAAACCAAGGUUUAUGGUUUGUUUUGCUCCAAGCAAGGCACAGUGGCCAAGCAAAGAACAAAACCUGGUGUCAUCCUUCCUUCCUCUGAUUCAGACCAGGAGUAGGAGGCAUUUGAGGAGGAUGACUUGAAUGGCCGGGAUGGGGGUGGGGAGAAAAUGAUGCCGCACAGCCCAGUUGAUGAUGUCUCCUCUCUGUGGUCAGACACACAACAAGGCGGGAGUCCUGGGGGCUGCUCCUUCCCUGCAGGCAAAGGAUAAGGAGGCCUCUGGGGCACAACUUGGUCUGAGGAUUCAGAGGGGAAGAUGGGUCUAGCGUUGUUUCUUAGAGAGAGAAUCAAUAAAAAAAGAGGAAAUUGUCGUCGUCCCCCCCAUUCCCACAGGGACAGUUGUUAUUUCAAGUAGCUGAUCAGUUGCUGUCUUUGUUUGAAAACACGGUGGGGAGGCAGGGAAACUCACUGAAGCAAGUUUGCAGCUCCUGGGCUGUCGUGGAACUCUUACUGCAAAUUUCAGACUCCUGGUCCUUGACUCUUGCUAAUGAACAUAUUGCUGUUACUCUUUUGCCAGGCUCUGCUCUUUAUUAGCCACUGAGUUUGUAUUGUGAGACCACUAUAAUAAAAACCCACUUCUUCACUUUCAAGCAAUGAAACCUGUUAAUUGGUUUUGAGUGGGGCCAGGACACUUGGCUUCAGAUCAUGGGUUGCAAAACAAACCAUGGAUGCCGGCUUGGACAUCAUGCUAAGAUAAAGGCCAUGGUUUGCUGCUUGUGCCAGGAGAGUGGUUGGGCAAUGUGCAGUAGCACAUGGAUUAUGGCUUACCACGAUGUCUGAACAUAGCCACUGCCUCUAAAAGUUACAUCCACCACUAUCCUACUCCAGGCUAAACUGCACCAAUACGUUAUCAGCUUUUUGAAAUUCACAAAAAUUACUAGCCUGCAAACAUUUUUUGCCAAGUGGCCUGUGCCUCCAUAUAGGCUGCAAAUGAGGAGAAAUUAUUUCAAUUGCAGCCAGCACAGACAUGCAGGCUACUGCCUCUUAGCAGACUAGUAAAACUUUUUGCAGGCUAGUAACUUUUGUGGGUUUAUUCACAAAGCUGAUGACAUAUUGUGUAGUUUUGGCCUCCAGUAGAGUUGUGGCGCUGUAGAUACAGUGGUACUAUAAGAAAAGCAUAAUAAAACUCUUGUGAUAGAAAUUUCCCCCAGCUUUUUUUAAUUUUCUUAUAAACACUGGGCGAAGUCAGCCCAGCUACCAUAAACAAUUCAUUUUGUGUUGCCUGCAAAAUUAAAACAACACUACUUUCCCUCCCAUUCUCUGCAGAAGAAACAUUUCACCGGAUUUUAAUAUUUCCUGCACAUACAACAAGAACACUGCUCCGCAUUGUCCAAUUUUCCGGCUGGGAGAUAUUCUCCGAGCAUCAGGGGAGAACUUCUCUGAGGUGGCUGUUCAGGUCUGUGCCAUCUGUUUUGGCUAUAGAAGGCUUGUCUGUAUUAUGCCCCUGCUCACUUGGCUGUGUGCAGACCCUAACCCUUUGAAACACAUUCAAAGCAAAUCCUUUCUCGCAAAGAAUUCUGGGCACUCUAGUUUACGCACUUAGUUACCACUCCCAACAAUCCUUAACAAGCCACAGUACCCAGAAUCAAGUUACAGUGCCCAGAAUCCUUUGAGGGAAAGGAAGUUCCUCAUAUGCACUUUAAAGGGCAAGCUGAAUUAUUUCUCCCUUCCUUUUGAUAAACUUUCAGUCUGUGAAGAGACGGUUGGGAAGCUGAUUGGCAUAAGGACCAAAUAUUUAUUUCUAUUUCAAGGUCUGAUCUACUGCUCACUUUCACCAGCUUGGGAGCACACGGUGUCUACCCCCGUUGAUGAUCAGCCCCGUGUUAAAAGUACUCAUCUUACUCUCUCUCCCAAGGGUGGCAUCGUGGGCAUCGAAAUUAACUGGGAUUGCAACCUGGACAAGUGGCUUCACCGCUGCGAACCCAAAUAUGGUUUCCGGCGUCUGGAUGACAAAAAAACAAAUGAAGCCUUGUACCCUGGAAACAAUUUUAGGUAAUUUUUUUUUUGUAAUUUUAGGUAAAACAUGCUUUUGAAGACUUUGCUGUGUUGCAACCAUCCCCAACCUGGUGCCCUCCAGGUGUUCUGGACUAUAGCUCCCAGCAGUCCUAGCCAGCAACUGGGUGCAGAAUUUAGCAUCUUGAACACUUUAGUUAUUUCCCCUCCUCCCCCCCAUACUCUAAAUAUUUCUAGUUUCUAGGUCUCAUGGCUGCAAAGGUUUGAAACAGCAGAGGUGAUGCCAGAGAGGGGCUGAAAUGGGCUCUCCCCAUGCCACAACAAGAUAGGUCUUCAGUUUCCUACAUUGUUUUUUGUUUUCCCAAGACUAGCAGCAGAGAAGCCUAUCCCAAACAAGACAAAUGUGUGCAAAUUUGCUUGACUUGCAUGCAUUUUUAAAACAUUGAUUUCCCCUCUCUCUUAAAAUGUGCAUUUUGAAAUGGGCUUAUUUGGGGAUUUCAACGAUUUGGCAAUUCUGAAAAACCAAAGGCCUUUCACACCAAAGUCAUCUGCCGCCUACCGCAGUCAUGCUGAUAAAGCACACAGGAUGUCUCCCCGCCUCAUGGCAGUCCCUUUGCUGACUGCUGCUACACUGCCCCACUUCCCCUUUUACUCCCAAUUUGGUGCUAGAGAGUGAAGCCAAUCCUGGCCUGCACUGUAGGCUGAGGGAGGGCGGGGGUCACUGGGAGGCUGCACUCCAGAUUCCCAGGAAGAACAGGGCAGCAAGGGGGAAACCAGUGUGGUUCCAUUGGCCAUAGAAGAAGCAGCUGCAGGGAGUUUUGCUUAAAACUUGCUUUUAAACUUUCUUCUGACUGCCAAUUUUCACUGGACCAGAGAGCUGGAAAGAAGUGUGCUCUUGUCCCAUCCAUAACUUGAGAAUGAGGGCUGCUGGAGUGGGUGGUAGGUGUGUCCUCAUAUGACAGUCUAUUGCAGCUUUCCCACGCCUGAUGCUCUCUAGGGCAAAAUGGCUCGCCUUGAGGGGAGUUUUACCAGGUCAGGGAGGGUUGGUCUUUAGGCAAUUUAUAUAUCCUACUUACAAAAUGGGUAAUUUUGUGGGUCUUGCACAGGAUAUUCCCACGACGAUUUGCACCCCAUGUUUCCAUGACAUUCUAAAUCCACACAUCAGAAUGGGCUCCUUACUUUGGGGACGGGAAGUUUCCCAUGGGGAAUCCAAAAUAACCUUGCCAGAAGCAUCAACAGAAGCUUAGCUCUGUUCUUACCAGUAAAGCAUGCCUGAGCCAGUGACUGGAGAUCCCACAACGGAAAAUCAAAGUUCAUUUAUGCUGUGAGGAGAAAAGCAGCUAGUACGAGGCAGGGUGGUAAUCCGAUGACUCACCAGAGUGUGCUGUACUGUGGGCAGAGAACUUGCCUAACAGAGUACGGAAAGCCAAAUUGCAAUGGCCUUUGUGUUCUUUGCAGAGAGAGGAUUUGGGGUUCUGGGGUCUGAUAAUGAGUGUGAUGGGGCUUGCAAGUUCCACACAGGUGUGUUGUGUGAGGAAGGAAGCCAUCUUCCAGCGCUCUUUGGAGUCCAGGCCAAUGCUCACAUCAUCCAAACUGCUCUCACAAUACCGUGUCCAACUGUGUUGUUUGGUCCUUGUAGAUUUGCAAAGUAUUACAAGCAGGCUGGUGGGAAGGAGGAGCGAACCCUGAUCAAAGCCUAUGGCAUUCGCUUCGACAUCCUCGUGUUCGGCAUGGUAAAAGGAAACUCAUCCUGACUUUCUGUUGCUGGUUUUCGAUCAUGUCAGAGAAAUGGGAAUUUGAAGGCCAGAUUAUGCAUGACAUCACUGGCAAUUGCAUGAUUUUAAAAUUAUUAUUUGUAUGCAGUGCUUUUUUUUCUUAAAAAAAUGUUUAGGGGUACUCUCAUUUUGACUCAAGGAAAUCACCAUUUUAUAGUUCAAAUCGGGAAAAAUAAAUACAGUCAUACCUCGGGCUACAGAUGCUUCAGGUUGUGCAUUUUCGGGUUGUGCACCGCGCCAAACCCGGAAAUACCGGAAUGGGUUACUUCCGGGUUUGGGUGCUCACGCAUGCGCAGAAGCACUAUAUCACGCUUUGCGCAUGCACAGAAGUGCCCAAGCAUGCGCAGACACUGCGCUGCGGGUUGCGAACGUGCCUCCCGCACGGAUCACGUUCGCAACCCAAGUGUCCACUGUACAGUAAAUGGACAAAAGUACAAAGAUUCACAAAAUGUUUAGAGGUAUGGGUACCCCUGCGUCCCCCUAGAAAAAAGCACUGUUUGUAUGUGAAUAGCAGGCAGUGGAAGCCUGAUCUGGACCAGCGUUGUGGCAGUGUGGGGAGGGGACUUAACCUUUUGCCAUCUGUGUCUAUUUUCAUGGGAAGGAAAGCUAGUAGGACUUUGUGUUAGGAAGCAGUUUAUCCACCAUUUGGGUUUCCUUUGGUAUGUAUUAAAUUUUAAAAAUUUGGGGUGGGGGAUUUGAGGGUCCUCCUAACAUGGAUAUAAAAUCUGAAGAGCUGCUUGUUUUUCUUGCCACAGCAGCAGAAUUGUCAGUUCCUCAAAAGGGGAAAACACAAACUGAUCUUGAGGUUGCUGUAUGCUGCAAUAAUGUGUGGAACAUUAUUACUCUGCGAAAAGAUCAUGCUCAAAACAUGCUCUUUGGCAAAACUUUUGUCACCUUUAUAAACCAUUCUGACAUGGAGUAUUCUCCACCAUUGCAUCCUCUUCAGGUAUGGGCUUCAUGCUGUGUGGAUGCUGAUGGUUCUGUUGUCAGCAAUGGCUGUCUCCUUUCUGCUUGCAGGCAUGUGGAUGGAAUCAGUUCCCUGUAAGGGACAGAAGAGCCAGACACCAAAUUCAUAGAUACUUUUAUGUAUUCUGAAUAUGCAGCAUGUCCAAGAACUUCACAUCUUGAAUUUUUCUCUGUGUAUGUUUGUUUGUGUACCAUUUUAUUGUUGCAUAUAAACAUUUAUUUUUAAAAAAGGAAAAGAAUUGGCAGAAGUGGGCUAGAUGGACCUGAGGAAGCAGUUUCAUGUGCUCAUAUUUGACACUUUGGAUGCCACUAAUUUUUUAUUAUUUUAUUCACCUUACAUGAUUUUUUACCAGUUUAAUUUCUAACUUGAAAUAGAGUGUAGCUUGUUUGUAUUUUGCAGUUUUGUGCCCUGGUUCAGUGCUCUCUCCUCAUCCUUUUUCUAGAAGCAGGCCUGACUCAAUCUAUGAAACAGAUGCUGAGGCUUCCCCGUUCUCAGAGAAAAGGGGUGAAAAUUAAUUACUGUCUUUUAGGGAAAAAACCAAUAAUCUCUUUUGUUCUCUGUUUCCUUGUCUUCCAACCCUGACCCCCACCAAAGGCUGGACGGUUUGAUUUCUUUGAGCUCCUGGUAUAUAUUGGUUCCGCACUCUCCUAUUUUGGCCUGGUAAGAGACUGUUUUAUAUCCCUUGUCAUUUGGGUGGAAGAUGAUUUCAGCACAAAUUGCGUCAGUUAAGAAAAUUGAAUCAGCAUUCUCUUGGAUUUUUUUCUUCUUCACAGGCACAGUUUGUAGUUGAUUUUCUCAUUACUUCAUAUUCAUGCCGUUGCUUCAAGUACAACCCAGUGAAAGAAUAUUACAUCAAGAAAAAGUGUGAGAUGGUGCCGGGACCAAGAUGGGUAAGAAAUGCAAUUAAUUGCAACAUACUGCAGCCACUUAUGGAUAUAGCUAGGGAAUUCACCUUACUGCAAGAAAAGAAAUGCUGGAUUUGGACAUCACACUAAACUGUGGUUUAGUGAGGUAUGAGUGUGCCUAGUCUCCCCUUGUCCUACCCUCUUCACCUCCGACACAGCUGGGAGGGGGAGUUUUUUGAGGUUUUGCUUCUGCUUUUGGUUAACCACCAGACUUGGAACUGUAACUACCAUAAACUAUAGUUAGUUUAAAAUAGCCAUUCUCUGAAACCAAGGACUGAAGUUGGCUUGUUUGAAACCAGUCGUAGUUAAGGUAAUUCACAGAAUCUAGUUUUCCGUGUGUUGUUGACUAGCCAGGUAAAUGACUGCAGUUAGGUGGCCAAACAAAGCAUGGUUAAGGAAGGGGGCUGGGUUCACGUUUAGUUCCAAGCCAUAGUUAAAACCAAUCAAGGUUCCAGAAGCUGACAACAAAGCCUGGCUUCUGAUCAUCUUUUGUUGACAGUAAAUAUACCAUAGUUAAGAGACUGAGCAGGGUUUUGACUGCCAAACAAACCAUGGCCAAUCCAACAAUAAACUAUGGCUAAGUACAGUGGUGCUCCGCAAGACGAAUGCCUCGCAAGACGGAAAACUCGCUAGACGAAAGAGUUUUCCGUUUUGGAGGUGCUUCGCAAAACGAAGCUCCUAUGGGCUUGCUUCGCAAGACGAAAAUGUCUUGCGAGUUCCUGCGGUUUUUUUCCCCCUUUCCCCCCCCCCUUUUUCUAAGCCGUUAAGCCGCUUAUCUGCUUAUCCGAUAAGCUGAUAAGCCGCUAAAAGCCGCUAAUAGCGCUAAUCCGCUAAUCCGUCAAUGGGCUUGCUUCGCAAGACGAAAAAACCGCUAGACGAAGAGACUCACAGAACGGAUUCUUUUCGUCUUGCGAGGCACCACUGUAUUACGUGUGAACAAGACACUGAGUAACAGCUGCACUCUUACCACUUAGUUGUAAAAUGAUAAUUUGGAAAGGUCCAAACAAGCCAUAGUGGUAAGUGUAAGAUUCAAAUAAAUUGCUGCCUGACCUCAUCUUAUAUCUUCUAUUGUUAAUACAUCUGAAAUAACAAGUUCAUUCAGUGAAACCCUUGGGUUGAUAAAAUGUCUUUGUUUAUUUUGUUGGGCAGACUCUACUUUAUGUGACUUUUGUUGAUGAGCCACACAUCUUUAUGAUUGACAAAUUUUUGAGGACGAGCCUACAGAAAGUUAAAGGCGAGGUUAUUCACGUGAGUUGGGGUCUUCCUUUUUAUAUGGGUGUACCUUUCUGCCUGUGCCUACAUACAGAUUUGUGAACAGGUGAAAUGUUUUCAGAGGCUUGAAGAGGAUGGGCUAGCCUACGCCAACCUGGUGCCUUCCAGAUGUUUCACACAACAACUCCCAUCAGUCAGUCCCUUGCUGGUUGGGGCUGAUGGAAGCUAUACUUGAAAACAUCUGGAGAGCACCAGCUUGGGGUAGACUGCGCUAAACCAUAGUUUAGUAUUAGGAAAACAAGCCUUAGCAAGCCUUAAACUUGUACACGCUUUCCUUCUCUAGUGUGCCUGUGAGGGGGAGACAGAAACCUCCCACUUUAGAUUAUUCUUUGUUUUAAAAAGCUGUACAGAAAUACAUUUGUGUGUGUGUGAGUGUAUAAACACACACACACACUCUUAAUUCCUGUAUAUAACUAAUGCAUAAAAACAAAGCAUCAUAGUCAAACAAUAUUGGUUACAUGAGCGAUGAAGAAAAACAAAGGAAUUAUAUACACCAAGUAUGUUAACUCAAUCCUUCCAUUGUUUCCAGAAUCAGAGCCAGUGUGGUGUUGUGGUUAGGAGUGGUAGACUCGUAAUCUGGGGAACCGGGUUCGCUUCCCCGCUCCUCCACAUGCAGCUGCUGGGUGACCUUGGGCCAGUCACGCUUCUCUGAAGUCUCUCAGCCCCACUCACCUCACAGAGUGUUUGUUGUGGGGGAGGAAGGGAAAGGAGAUUGUUAGCCGCUUUGAGACUCCUUCGGGUAGUGAUAAAGCGGGAUAUCAAAUCCAAACUCCUCUUCUUCUCUUCUAUAUGGUUGAAUAUUCCUGAGCACACACCACAAAACUGCUCCAUUUUUCAAUAAAAAAAUAAUCUUCACAUGUUCUUACUAUGUUUAUUAAUUUAACAUGAGUCAUUUACUAUAUACACUAUCUAAUCUUCCAAAGUUGGAAUCCCUUCCAUUUUAGAUUAAUUCCCAUUUGCCUUCUUGUCUAAACACAGACAAGCUGUCAUUAAUGUUGACUAUGGUUAGUUGAAAGAAGCCAACCUCAAACCACCGUUUAUGAAACUGGUCUGUUUCAACUAACUGCAGUUAUGAUUAACCACAGUUUAGGAUUUGGGUGAUAGUUUAACAGGGCGCACAAACCUGAGGCUCACUGGCUCAUUCUGAUAUGCUAAAACAAUGUUUUGGUGUUAUGUUCCAACUCAACCAGUAUGGUAGAGCCUUCAGUGCCCUGGCUCAUGUGUCACAUUAAGCAAAACCAUGGCUAAGCAGGAAUGAACAGGUGUGCAGAUACAAAGAGGGAAAAAUUCUGGUCACUUUACUCCUCUGGCAGCAAGACCAGGGGAGGACUGAAGCAACCACAACACCCCCCCAUGCACUCGUGCACUCAUUUAUUCAUGCUUAACCAUGGUUUGACUUAACAUUACAUGCUACGUGGGCCAUUGCCUGUGAUGCACCUGUUUGAUCAGAGACUGGAGCAGGACUGAGGAAAUGAAUGUGUAACUUUGGCAGUGGCUUCAUCCUACAGCUCUCAGUGUCUGAUGUCCUAAGAACAUAAUGAUAGCCCUGCUGGAUCAGACCAAAGCCCACCUAGUCCAGCCUGUGGUCCUCACAGCACUCCACUAUAGGAGAUCUGCAAGACCCAUCCCAAAAAGGAUAUGGCAGAGCUGGGAAAGGCUGGGAAACUGCAAAAAACACAACCAGGGGUUUGGAAUAUCUUCCCUGGGGAGAAAGGUUAAAUGUAUGUUCAUGUGUGUGUGCGUUCUUAGAUCCCCCCUUAGUGACACUGGCAAAAUUAAAGAGCUGCUGUCUAGUAUGGCUAAGCCUGUUAUGUUCAAUACAGCUAAGUUUGUGACAAAAGCUUUCCAGUACAGCAAUGCAGGAGUCUUUUCCCCAAAGUGGGACUCAAACUCACGACCCUGAGAGUCUCAUGCUCCGCCUACUGAGCUAUAUGCAGACACAUAUAUUUAUUAUAUAUGCUUUAUUGUACUUUUCUUAAUAACUUUUUUUUUGCAUGCUAAAAAGGGGGGGGACUUUAUGUAUGCAACAACAGCAGCAAGAAUACUCAUCGCAAAGUAUUGGAAGACACAAGAGCUACCCACACUGGAGGAAUGGCAGAUGAAACUGAUGGACUAUAUGGAACUGGCGGAAAUGACUGGUAGAAUCCGUGACCAGGGAGAAGAGUCGGUGGAAGAAGAUUGGAAGAAAUUUAAAGAUUAUCUACAGAAACAUUGCAAAAUUAAAGAACGUUAGAGUGAUGAUGGAUUGAAAUUAAGUGGUUUCUAGCUGCACAGGCGUUAAAGUUAUAUAUAGACUAAGAUUAAGGAUUAGGCAUAAAAAGGUUAAAAGAACGGAAAACUGGCUAUUAAUAGAUAAGAAUUUAAUGUUAUACCAUAUUAAGAUUAAGGAUUGGGAUUAAAAAGAGGGAAAGAAAUUGCUGGACAAACAAAUUGAACUGGAAUACAAAAGAGGGAGGUAUGAGGAGGUCCAGAAAAUAAGUAAAUUCAAAAGUGGUGAUGAAAAGGUGGUAUUGUUUUUAACUGUUUUUUCUUUUGUAUUUUUGUAUUGUGUAUUUUUCUUUUUACUUUUAAUUCUUUUUUACUGAUGUGUCCUUUUUUUAUCGGAAACUUUAAUAAAUAUCAUUUAAAAAUAAAAAGGGGGGGAUGCGGGUGGCACCUAGGGCUUGCCAAUCGCAUGGUCGGCGGUUUGAAUCCCCGCAGUGGGGUGAGCUCCCGUCUUUCGGUCCCAGCUCCUGCCCACCUAGCAGUUCAAAAGCACCCUUAAGUGCAAGUAGAUAAAUAGGUACCGCUUUAUAGCGGGAAGGUAAACGGCGUUUCCGUGUGCUGCACUGGUGCUGGCUCGCCAGAGCAGCUUCGUCACGCUGGCCACGUGACCCGGAAGUGUCUCCGGACAGCGCUGGCCCCCGGCCUCUUAAGUGAGAUGGGCGCACAACCCUAGAGUCGGACACGACUGGCCCGUACGGGCAGGGGUACCUUUACCUUAAAAUCCAUUGGCUUACGCUUGUGUGUGUGUGUGUGUCUAUUGUGGCGAUCACAUAGGGUCCCCGGAGGUUUCACCGUCUAUUGAUCCCUGUGCCACCACUUUAUUUCUCACUGCCACCACUCAGGCCCUACCUGGGACAAUACUGUGUCCAGUCAGGUUUAAACUGGAACAUAAACUUCUGUUUAUUUAUUGCAGUUUAAAAAGCGUGUGGUAUCGGUCAAUUACAAUAAUGGGUUGCCUAUCCAGACCUAUAACUUCCGCUACCUGCUCUCACUCACUAAACCACCUCUCAGAUAGUUACUUGUUUUCCUAUCUCCUAACUGUUCCUGACUCAGCUUAUUUCUCUACACUAACUCAACCCACUCACAGACUCUAUCCCAAUUCACUCCCACUCCAACCAACUACCCAACUCCCAACGAACUCCUCCCUUCGCCCCUCCCAGAGCUGGUUUUAUAGUCCCUCUGACUCCACCCCCUGGGUUCUGAUUGGGUAAUUUGUUUAACUAAUUCACCUCCAGCAUUCUCAUAUGUUAACGUCACAUCUAUAAUCUGUAUUUGAUUGACCAAUAAAUUUUGAUUUUAUUUUAUUGCAGAGAAAUACUGGUGAUUUUAUGCGUGCUGCCAAAAUCCAGCUGCAACAUCCGGAUGAAGUUGCAUCUCUUCUUGGGAACUCUGAAGAGGUGCAUCCCCUUCAGAGCCAAGGGGGACCUGCUUCGUCUUCUUCCUCCUCCUGUGAGCGUCCUGCCUGGUGCAGCUGUGGGAAAUGUCGCCCAGCCAAGGGCUACUGGGAGCAGCUCUGUUGCCGAAGGAAAAAUGGGGCCUGCAUCACAACUUCUGAUCUGUUUGAGCGCCUGGUCCUUUCCCGGCCGAUGCUGAAGUUUGUCCUCCUCUACAAAGAGCCCUUGCUGGACCUGAAUGGGGAGGCAUCCAACAGGCAGUUUCGGCACUGUGCUUACAAGCAGUACAUUCACUGGCGCUUUGGGGAGGAGGACCUGGAAGAAAGGGCUCUGAUACCCAACUGCUGCAGGUGGAAAAUCCGGGAUGCUUUUCCCAGCGAGAACGGUGAAUAUGCUGGCUUUGUGAAAAAGGCUUAGCGGACCGUGGAGACUCUGCGCUGUGGCUUUGGGGACAGAACAGAUUCAGUGGGCGAGGCAGUGCCCCCUUUUGCAACCCCCCCCAAACCCCACCUCUUCAACAGUCCUGCCAUCCUGUGCUUCUCAUUCCAAUUAAUCAAAGUCAGCACUUGCAGAGCAACAUGGUAUUGUGGUUAGAGUGAUGGAUGAGUUCAAAUCCCCAACCAGCCACAAAGCUCACACUGGAUGACUUUGAGCCAGUCACCUUCUCUCAGCCUAAUUUACCCCGCAGGGUUCUUGGGAGGAUAAAAUGAUUGGGGAAGGAAGAACCACAUAUUCUGCAGCCCUGAAUUCCUUGGACAAAGAGUGAGCUAUAAAUGCAAUAAGCAAACAGGUUUACUCCAUAUUUCUUCCUGGUUGACCCUUGAACUGAAAAGCCGUUUGGCUUCUUCUCCUCAUCCUGGUAGCCUCUGCCAAAAGAGAGAAGAAGAUGCUGAUGAAAGCAGGUCACAGGUGAGAAUAAAGCAGAUUUUGGGAACCACAGGUCAAGCAAGGUGUCAGCCUCAGCCUCCCUAAAUCUACAGUGGUACCUCGGGUUAAGAACUUCAUUCGUUCCAGAGGUCCGUUCUUAACCUGAAACUGUUCUUAACCUGAGACACCACUUUAGCUAAUGGGGCCUCCCGCUGCCGCCACGCUGCCACUGUACAAUUUCUGUUCUCAUCCUGAAGCAAAGUUCUUAACCUGAGGUACUAUUUUUGGGUUAGCGGAGUCUGUAACCUGAGGUACCACUGUAUUUUCUGAGAGCCAAACGAGAUGUGAUUUUGACACAGCCUCCCCCAACCUGGUGCCCCCCCCAAUGUUUCGGAUCACGAACCUCUUCUGGUUAGGGAGCAUUGGAACUUCCUGGGGUCACCAGAAUAGGGGAAGGUGGUUGUAAUGACACAAUAAGCAGCCACAGCUGGGUUUCUGAAAGCAGAAUACCAGGCGCAGGACCACAUUGCAGAGGAAAAGGAGGUUUAGUCUUCCCACCCAGACAAAGAUUCCCACCCCAUGUGCUGCAGUUAUCCCUAGCUUUUUGUGUUUCUUGGGGAGAGUUAAACUUCUCCUUCCUGUGUGUCGCUCUUAGGGAUUGCCAGCAUGGUGCCCACGGAUGCCAGUGUGUCCACCACUAAGUACCUCCUAUGGUGUCCUCAAAAGCACUCACGAAAUACCUCCUAAGAAAUGCACAAGAGGCUGUUCAGGACCUGUUUGUGCUGGCUUGGGCUAUCGUUGAGCUCAUCCACACUUCCCCUUGUCCUGUGCCUAGAAAGCAUGGGGUCCAAGAAGUUUUCCACCUGUCCAAGUGAUUUUUCGUUGGUGCUGCUGCUUUCCCUCUAGUGGGGCAGGAGAGCUGAAAAUGAUGCCAAAAUAUUUCACAUUGGGCAACCAAUGUGCCCCUUGGAUUUCAGAUAAUACAUGAGUAGAUGAGUCUAAAAAACCUGGGACACAAAUUUUCACAGCUCUCUAGUGGCUGUAGUGACUCAUUUACCAGACAUAAUGUACCGUUAUAGUUUUUUUUGGGAGGGGACCCCCUAAACCCUAGAAAUUAAUAAAUGCUAGGAUUUUGAUUAUUUGAGAUGUGAAGGGAGAAAUACCAGCUGCAGAGGUAUCCCUGGGCUGGCUUAUGCCUGGCUGGGUUAGUGAAGAGCAAAUCUCUUAAUAUGACAAAAGGUGUUGAUGGGGAGGAAUCCUUUGGUCUGGGGAGUCAGAUGUUACCCAGGUGGUGGGGUGUGUGUAUUUGAGGUAACAGGAAAAGAGUUUUUUACUAAGGUUUUCCAGGAGGAAGAAAGGAGGGUUGAAAAGGUCCAUCUUGGGCAGGCUGGCUGAAGGCUGGCUGGGAGAGAUCCCUUGGACUCCAUGGCUGCACUGCUGUGAGGUACAAGGCACUCUUGAGAUGAUCAUGCUGUAAGCUCUGGACUCCCUCCAUGCAGACUGAAGGUGUAAAUAGACGAAUAAACCAUAUUUCUUAAAGAUACGAAAGUCUGCGCCAGGGGUUGGCAAAAAUUUUUAGCCACAGGCCAGUCCACUGUCCCUCAGACCUUGUGGCCGGCUGGAGAAGUGGCACUGGGGGGGGGGACUGAAAGAAGAGGCGGAGGGGGCAAGUAGUCCUCCUCCCCAGCCACUGCACUUCCCUUCCCUGGGGCUGCCGCCACCAUUGGUGCCGCCACCGCCACUGCUUCUCAUGGGUAGGCAGAAUGAGCUCAUCUGCUCUACUCUCUGGCCCACAGGAGCACCAGGGCGGUGGUGGCGGAGGGAAGAUGAGCGGCAUGAAAGGGCUAGCUCUGGAGAGGGGCUGCUUAAAAUGGCGCUCAGCCCAGCCCCCUUCCUCCUCUAGGCAGGGCGGGAGGAGGCGGCGCAGUGUGUGUGUGUGGGGAAAUGGAAUGGCGCAAGGGGGGGGGAAUGGCGCAGCCUGAAUGAACAGAAUCCCCACGCCAAUCCACGGACAGUCCACAGGCUGGAUCCUGAAGGCAAUUGGGCCUGAUCUGGCCCGUGGGCCUUAGUUUGCCGACCCCUGGUCUAUGCCGUGUCUCAAUUCUCCAAAGGACCAUAGACCCUGGGCGAGUGCCUGGAACCCCAUGGGCUCUUGCCACUGCUCAGCAGAGAGACGGGCAGGCACACAACUUUUGUUAACAGUAUUUAGCGUUAACUAAAUAUAUACUUGAUUCUGACCAAACUAAGCUUCCCAGGAGAGCUUUUUAGACUCGCGUACUCUGGUACUAUCUGGAUCCAAAGAGGCGCAUUGGUUGCCAGAUGUGAUCCCCCACCCCCCGCUCUCCUAUCCCACUACUGGGGAAAGCCAUUGUUUACCCCCGAGUCGGACGGAGCAAGCAUCACACUGCAGAAAAACCAGCUGACGUUUGCUGAGCGGUAAGCAGUGGGUUUUCCUGGGGAAAAGCAGCAGGACAAGCAGAAGUAUGGAUGAACCCCUACACUGAAACCCACCCCUUCAAGAUGCCUACAUGUCAUUGAAUGCUAUGAUUGGGAACCUGUUCUCCCUGUUAUGUUCUGAACAGAGAAUUGCAAAGAGCUUCUCUCUCUGAUGAAGUGCUGCAGUGACGGGUUGCAGGUGCCUCUUUUUGUCCAUUCAUGUAAGAGAUAACACUCACAAAAUUUUGUGGUCUUGUGUCUCUUCCUGCUGUGUUGGAAACGGCAGCCAUUUUGUCUUAUGCCAUGCUCCCAGAACAGCCACUUUCUGCCUGGUGUCCAGGGCACUUUCUCAAAAUUCCAAAUGUGUCCCGAAAGGUGUUGGCCCUGCCUGACAAAAGCCAACAAGGGGAGUUGCACUUGGUGUUUAAUUUUAAACCAUACCUUGUUGCUGCUUGUGCCAUUAAAACACAACCUUCUUUGGUCCUCAGAAUUUUCAGUGCACACCUGGAAUCGGGGAUCCAAUCUUCCUGGCAGGCUUAAGCAGUCAAAGCCCAAAGGAAAGACCAGAUUAACUCUCUCUUUCUCAAAACACAGCAAAGGCUCAUGUAUGAGAGAUGAGAGCUUUGCUGAUUUCCACUGGGAAGCCCUCUGUUUCUUUGCGUCUGGUUUUGAAGCUGUUUGUUUCUUUCCAGUACAGUGGAACCUCGUGUUACGUACCAUCCUCCUUACGAAUGCUUUGGCUCCCCAGCUCCGCUAACCUGGAAGUAGACGCUCCUGGUUGCAAACUUUGCCCUGGGAUGCGAGUGGAAGUCACGCAGCAGGAGGCGCCAUUAGCGGUUUCCUGUUACAAAUGGACCUCCGGAACGGAUUAAGAACGUAACAGGAGGUACCACUGUAAUUUCUCAGGAAUGGGGAGAGGAGACUUCAGGAGUAUCAGAUACCAGCCUCGUUAUUACUGCAUUUCUGGAGGUUAGAGCAGAGAGACCUAACAAACAAACAAACAAACAAACUUGUGUAUAUACCGGUAAUUAAAACUGGGUGUUCAGAGGACUUUGUCCCAUGGUAUUUCCAGGGACUAUCAUAUACUGUAAUGCAUAUGCAACUGACUCAAGUAUAUUUUGCCAAAGUGUUUUCUACGGUUGAGGGUGUGCAAAGCAAGGCUUUCCCCUCACAGCAGGAGUGGUAGAGAAGCUGCUGCCCUCCAAACCUUGCUGGGCUUCCAGGGGCCCUAUUUGGCCCUGUGGGCUGAGGCUGUGGGAGCCACGAGGCCCACAAGUUCCCCACUCCUGCUGUGAAGCAAAACCUGCCCCUGCCAUUUUCUCGAACUGCGGACACAGGUUUGAUGGCAUGUACAAAAAAAUAGUCUCCAAGAACAUUUUACUUAUCCACUUGCCUCUACAUAUUUAUGUUAGUCCUUCUAGUCACUGAAAUGUAACAAAAUCCAGGAACUUGGCCUUCGCCCAGUUUGCAAAGCAUUCCUGUGUCCUCACCAGGGUGCCCUUUUGCCUCAUAGGCCUGCACUAACAUUUCUGCACUGAUUUACAAUGUUUUUUGCUUAGGAACUGGUGGGAUCAAUGUUGCUACUGUGUUUUAAUUUACCAUUUUUACAUGUUUGUAUUAUCUUCCAAUCACUUUGAAUUUUAUAUUGUAAUUUUAAAAAAAUUAAAAAGUUGUUUCAAACUAUUUUUAACAUUGUUUUUAAUUGUUGUAACCUGAUAUUGAGCAGAGUUUUUCCAAAGCAGUUUGUGACACAACAUGUCUGUCUGUCUAUUUCCACACACACACACACACACACGUGUUUAUCAGAUGUGUAUCUCCCUCCCUCUCACAACUAUCACAACACACUCGGGACAGCUUGCAACGGAACAUCAACACAACAUCAAACACAGUUUUUUUAUGGUGGGAAUGUCCUUAACAUUCUGGUCUGAGAUUUAUCAAUAAAUAUCUAACAGAA